CGUAUACGUAUUUCCUCUGAAUUUGUCUAUUUCCAUAUGAAAUUGUUGUUUAAGAUUGAAAAUUGGUCAUUUAUAGAGCUAAUUUAUGUUAAGAAAUGGGUCAUAUGAUGACAAAGAAAUAGACAGGAAAAAAUGGCAAAUAAUGAUUAAACAAGCUCUUUAUCAGGCAUUUGGAUUAAGUGGAGAGUCUAUUAUGACUGAUAUUUUACAUUUAACAGAGGAUCAAUGUGUUUAUAUUCGUGUAACAUCAAAAGAACAAUCAAGGUUUUGGGUAGCAAUGACAGGAUACUGUGAAAGAAGUAUUCAAAUUCUGGGUGUAUCAGAUCAUUUAAUGGGUUUAAUCAAUAGAAGCCGAUUAGACAAGAGUUUAAGAGGGAGAAAAGAGAGUUAAAGGGUUUUACUGGGGCAAUUCUAUAUUUUAUGAUGGAAAUAUAUCU